AAGAGUAAUAAAAGGCAAAGUUGAUUGUCCUUCACUAGUCUACUAGAGCAAGAAGCAGCUCUGACCUAACUCCUAAUCCUCCGAUGCAAUCUCUUUGACCUAUUUCCCUUUUAGAUUUUAGGGUUUUCUUUCAAUUGUUUCCGAUUCAGAAGCAUCUGAUCUAGACUGAAUGGAACAGUAUGAGAAAGUUGAAAAGAUUGGUGAAGGAACAUAUGGAGUGGUAUACAAGGCUCGUGAUCGUGUAACCAAUGAGACUAUAGCUCUGAAGAAAAUACGCUUGGAGCAGGAAGAUGAAGGCGUUCCAAGCACUGCAAUUAGAGAAAUUUCCCUCUUGAAAGAAAUGCAGCAUGGUAACAUUGUCAGGCUGCAGGAUGUGGUGCACAGUGAGAAGCGCUUGUAUUUGGUUUUUGAGUAUCUGGACUUAGAUUUGAAGAAGCACAUGGACUCUUGUCCUGAAUUUGCUAAGGAUCCUCGUCUAGUAAAAACUUUCCUCUAUCAAAUACUUCGUGGAAUUGCUUACUGUCAUUCUCAUAGAGUUCUUCACCGAGAUUUAAAACCACAAAAUCUGCUCAUUGAUCGCCGUACCAACGCGCUGAAGCUUGCAGAUUUUGGAUUGGCCAGAGCAUUUGGCAUACCUGUUAGAACAUUUACACAUGAGGUGGUAACCCUGUGGUAUAGAGCACCAGAAAUUCUUCUUGGAUCUCGACAUUACUCAACUCCAGUUGAUGUGUGGUCAGUGGGAUGUAUAUUUGCUGAGAUGGUGAACCAGCGGCCGCUGUUCCCUGGGGACUCUGAGAUUGAUGAGCUAUUUAAGAUUUUCAGAAUCUUGGGAACUCCAAAUGAGGACACAUGGCCUGGCGUGACGUCAUUGCCUGACUUUAAGUCUGCCUUCCCUAAGUGGCCUCCUAAGGACUUGGCAUCUGUAGUUCCAACUCUUGAAUCAGCUGGGGUUGACCUUCUUUGUAAAAUGCUAUGCUUGGAUCCGAGCAAAAGAAUUACAGCCAGGAGUGCUCUUGAGCAUGAAUACUUCAAGGAUAUUGGUUUUCUACCCUAGUCCCUUUCUCAAUCUAUAACAUAUAAUAUCAUUGUAUAGCACUUUGGUGGAUAUUUUUUAUUGUGUGUGAAACAUGCAUCUCCCUGCAAUUUGCUCUCCUUUCAAUUUUUCUGGGCUUUGAACUUAUUAGUUGUCUUGGAUUCUUAGCAUCAAAUGAGGUUCUUAUGCUAUCUGUGUUCUAGAGAUAUAUGCGAUAGAGAGUGGGAUUUUCGCUCUUUUGCGGUUUGCUUGUAAUGGAACUUUUUAUGCUCAAUUAAAUGUAAUGUUCCAGCCUUCUUUUUC